GGGCGCGAUAACCUGUACAACGAGAAGGGUACGAAAGUUUAUGAUCCAAUGGAGGGGUGGGGUAGGUGUUCUAACUGAGAUAACCCAAUUCAAAUGUGGUUCUUGAAAGAUUAAUCCGAUUAAAGCACUUGGAGAAGAAAAAAAUUAAAACCGCCUGAGAAGAUUGCUGUAGAAAAGAUAGCUAAAGCAAUGCUAAUUAAGCCAGCAAAGAAAGAAUAUGGAAAGUACAGUGACAGGCAACGAGAGUACUUUAUUGACAGACAGAAUGAUUGAAAGCGCUCAUGAAAGAGGUCUAGCUUACCCGGCUCGCAAGAGGACUGGGGAUCGAACCGUAUGUGGCUCAAAGAUGAUGGAAAAUGUACAGAGAAACGGAAGAAGUGCCUUACAAAAAAAAAAGUCUUCUAUAAGUUCUGGUCCUUCGUCUUCUUUCACCGACGAUCACAAUGACUUUUUGAGGAAUCUAGUGGAUGAUGACCCCUCCCCUCCCCAGCUUGCUGUCAGUCAUAUAGUGGGGAGAUUGGUUGAACAUUUCGAAAACCUUUGUUGUAUGUUUUAAGGAUAUUAAAAAGACAAAGUAAAUGAAAAGUAGGGAAA